CCGAAAGCCACAGAAACAGAAAAAGGGAAAGGGGAAAAAGACAGAAAGGGGAAAAGAAGGGGAGGAGAAGAAGAGGAGCCGAGCGGCAGGAUCGGAGGAGCCGGGCCGCGAGCCUCCGCCCCAUGUGACUGGGCUGAGGGUGGGGGCAGCGAGGCCUAGCACACCCCCGCUGCUCGCGGCCGGCCCGGGGGGCUGCGGCUGGGCGGAGGCGGCUCUCGGACCUCACCGGCGCGGCGGGAGGAUGGCUCUGUGAGCGCCGGGCGGCGAGGAGGAGCGCGGCGAGAGAAGAAAGGAGACGCGCGGAAAGGCCGGCGGGGGAGAGAGCGAGGGGAGGGGGCUUCCCCGGGGGGGAAGGAGGCCGGCGGUUCAUGUGGCACGGCUCGCCCUUCGCCUCCCGCUGAGCCCGCAGCCGAGCGCCCCGCAGCCAGCCCCAAAGGAGAGCGGAGGAGGCGGACAGCCCGUCGGGACGCAGCCGGAACCGGAGACCAUGUCCGGGCGGCCCAGGACCACCUCCUUCGCGGAGAGCUGCAAGCCGGUGCAGCAGCCCUCGGCGUUCGGCAGCAUGAAAGUCAGCCGAGACAAAGAUGGCAGCAAGGUGACUACAGUAGUGGCAACUCCUGGACAAGGUCCAGACCGACCGCAAGAAGUUAGCUACACGGACACCAAGGUGAUUGGAAAUGGAUCCUUUGGUGUUGUGUAUCAAGCCAAACUCUGUGAUUCAGGAGAGCUUGUGGCCAUUAAGAAAGUCCUGCAGGAUAAAAGAUUUAAGAACCGAGAGCUCCAGAUUAUGAGAAAGCUGGAUCAUUGUAACAUUGUCCGAUUGCGUUAUUUCUUCUACUCCAGUGGAGAGAAGAAAGAUGAAGUGUACCUCAACUUGGUGCUGGACUAUGUUCCUGAAACAGUAUACAGAGUUGCCAGACAUUAUAGUCGGGCCAAACAGACACUCCCUAUGAUUUAUGUCAAGUUGUACAUGUAUCAGCUGUUCCGGAGUUUAGCCUAUAUCCAUUCCUUUGGGAUCUGCCACCGGGAUAUAAAACCACAAAACCUCUUGCUGGACCCUGAUACAGCUGUCCUUAAACUCUGCGACUUCGGAAGUGCAAAACAGCUGGUUCGUGGAGAACCUAACGUUUCAUACAUCUGCUCUCGGUACUACAGGGCACCAGAGUUGAUCUUUGGAGCCACCGAUUAUACCUCCAGUAUAGAUGUGUGGUCAGCGGGCUGUGUAUUGGCUGAACUGUUACUAGGACAACCAAUCUUCCCAGGUGACAGUGGUGUGGAUCAGUUGGUGGAAAUAAUCAAGGUUCUGGGAACGCCUACAAGGGAGCAAAUUAGAGAAAUGAAUCCAAACUAUACUGAAUUUAAAUUCCCUCAGAUUAAGGCACAUCCAUGGACUAAGGUCUUCCGGCCCCGCACUCCACCAGAAGCAAUUGCGCUAUGUAGCCGUCUGCUGGAGUAUACCCCCACUGCCCGCCUGACUCCCCUGGAGGCCUGUGCACACUCUUUCUUCGAUGAACUACGGGACCCAAAUGUCAAGUUACCAAACGGGCGAGAGAAACCUGCACUCUUCAAUUUCACCACUCAAGAACUGUCAAGUAACCCAUCUCUGGCUUCGAUCCUCAUCCCUGCUCAUGCUCGGAACCAAGCAGCUGCUUCAACCCCUACAAACGCUACAGCAGCCUCAGAUGUUAAUGCAGGAGAACGAGUUCAGACCAAUAGUGUAGCUACAGCAUCAGCCUCCAACUCCACCUGAACCGGUACCAAGCAGCCAGCUGCACAGGAAAAUCACCAGUAAUUUGAGUCUUGCUCAGCAACACUGGUCACAUUUGGAAAGAAAAUUAAAAAGAGGAAAAAAAGCAACCAACCAACCAACCUGUUCAUUUUAGUGUUCAAUUUUUUAUUAUUAUUAUUGCUGUUCUUAUUUAACCUUGUAAAAUAUCUAUAAAUACGAACCAGUUUCAUUGUAUCUCACUCUGCAGGGUGUCCGGGGCAGGGACUAGGUGGGGGGAGGAGGGAACGCGGAGCAAUACAACACACCAGUGUCUCUCCCCUCAACAAUCUCUUCAUGUUGGAAGUUUGCUGUUGUGUACUUCAGAACCAGGACUCUUGCCUCAUGCCCUCUCCCACAGCGAAAAGAAGGAAAAAAAAAAAAAAAAAAAAAAAAAA